AUGCGCAAUUUCAGUAGACCUGGGGUGUCCAGCGCGACGCAGAGCUCAUAUCACCCAGUCGAAGACACAGAGACGGCACCAGAGGUGACAAUAGUGGCGGCAGGCUUCAAGUCGCCGUCGAGGGAAAAUGGCAUCGAGUCGCCCGUUAUAUCCAAAUCAAAACUACUGCUAUCGCCUAAGGGGGUUGAAGAUGGGGUUAUGAACAAGAUUCAACCAGACGGGUGGAAGUUCGGUGCUUCAUUAGCUGCCCUGGCAGCCGGCAUCACCGCCAUCAUCAAUUUUGCUGUUGCAGUCUACGUCACCAAAGUAUCGGCUUCCGGCGGUGCGUUAUCCAGUCGUGUAUUGAUCGAAAUGUUUCACGGCGAUUGUGGUCGCACCUCAACAAUCAAUACCUGGUCUCACUUGGCCAUCAAUGUCGUCAGUACAGGGCUACUUGCUGGCAGCAACUUCUGCAUGCAGUGUCUGGUUGCUCCAAGUCGCAACGACAUUGAUCGUGCACAUGCAAAAGCCAAGUGGCUAGACAUUGGAAUGCCGAGUGUUCGAAAUCUGAGGCAUGUCAGCAUGUUGCGAUGUUGUCUAUGGGUAUUGCUUUCUUUGUCCUCGCUACCUCUCCACUUGCUCUUCAAUUCGGCAUUCUUCUCGUCCAUCGCCACCACAGACUACACUGUUACCUUCGCCACCCCCGGUUUCCUGGAAGGCGACUUCUUCAAUUACACACGCCCAGCAGGCGCCAGUUUCAGGGUUCCCGAUCUCCAAGACCUCGUGGCCGAAACCCAACAACAGGUUCUGGUGAAUGCCUCGCAGUUUGAACGACUAGAGAAUGCCGAUUGUGUCGAUGCCUACGCCAGCGAGCUCAUCACCAAGAGAAGAUCUGUGAUUGUUAUCUCCGAUCAGCCUCCAUCCCCGGGAAACGGGUCCGUCCUCUUGGCUGCCGGAGCCAACACGGGCCAACGCUCUAGCAGCUCUUACGCCUGGAUCUGUCCACUCCCUGACUCGCCAUAUGUGAUCCCGGGCGUUUCCAACACGUAUACAUAUCCUCGUGGGGAUAACUGUCCCUCACAGAUCGAUGGGAACCGAUUGGACAUCGAAAACUGGAGACCAAGCAAUAUCUCGGCCGACUAUUGCAUGAGCCAGCUCAUCGAAGAAAAGUGUGGCUUCUACGCAAAUUUGGCCAUCCUCUGGACUGUCUUUGCAUGUAACGUUGUGAAGCUCAUAAUCAUGGCUUAUAUCAUUGUUUCCAGCGUCAUCGACAAGCCUUUGAUGACAAUUGGUGACGCUGUGGCAUCCUUCAUCGUUGAUCCUGAUGUGGCGACUGUCAACACGGGUAUACAAACUAAAGCCAAAAUGGUCAAGUUAAGCAGGAAGAAGAAAGUGUCAGUCGAUAAGCGAUGGCAAGUGGCGGAGGCUGGCCAGUGGAAAGUCGGGCCUCGCCGCAAGAGAUGGUUAAACGCUGCGUCCAAGACAAGAUGGUCCUUCACGGUCUUCUAUUUCGUCGCAUGUCUGGCCACACUCGGGUUUCUUCUGCCAUUGGGAGUUUCACGCUUGAAUAGCAAUACAUCUAUCGCUAAGCUGUACGACCGUGGCCUCGGCAAGGUCCUGAUCGACAGUCUCCUGGAUGGGUGGGAAAUCUCUAGAAUGCCGGUGGACAAUGCCGUGGUGUCGUCGGUGCUCGUGGCCAACUCACCGCAGCUCACUCUCUCCAUUCUCUACUUCGCCGUCAACUCUCUGCUGACGUCCAUGGUGUCAGCACAAGAAUGGUCGCGCUUCUCGGUCAAUCGCACUGACCGCCACCAACCACGGGCUCUCCGCACAUCCAAACCGAUUGGACAGCAACGUAGGACCUACUUCUUACAACUGCCCUACCGCUUCGCAGUGCCUUUGAUCGGCCUGUCGGCACUACUCCAUUGGCUUAUCUCGCAGUCUAUUUUCCUGGCAGUGAUAUCUCACUACGAUGCUUCUGGCAGGCUGAUUAGUGCCUUUGAGAUCGCCACUUGUGGGUACAGCCCCAUUGGGAUGAUUUUCUUGAUCAUCAUCGGUGGCUGCAUCUUGCUCGGCCUGGUCGGCUUCGGAUUGAUCCCCCUCGACCCCAACAUGCCAUUGGUGGGGAGUUGCUCCGCGGCCAUCUCAGCCGCAUGUCACGUCAAUCGGCCCCUGGACACAGGCUUGGAUCGCCGAGAAUUUGCUGGCCUCGAUCCGACCACUCGAUUAGGGGAGGAAGCCAGGAUCGAAAUGAUCAAAGGGCCCUUGGUUUGGGGAGAGAUGGUUCCUGAUGACAAGACGUUCCGUCGAUUAGGCGAGGAGGUUGCCAACUCUGGCGAAGGGCAUUAUGGCUUCGUCGCUGCUACGGGCGUAGAUUGGAGGGACAAAGUACGAGUGCCCAUGAACAUGAUGUAGAACAAGCGCAACUUUGUACGAUUAUAC